ACCGGUGCAGGAGCUCAGCAGCCGCUGGACGGAGCGUGGUGAGGGAGAACUGACUUUCCUCUCUUUCUUUGCCGCUUCUUGAGGUCCAGGUACCCCCAGCCCCCGGGUGCCCUCCGCCAUGAGGCUGUCCUGGGGGCUCCUCCUGCUUGUGGUGGCCCUAGCACUGGGGGGGACAGCUGCUGCCCGCUGCCCCACACCUUGUGUCUGUGACAAUCUCCAAUCCCAUGUUCUCUGCCUCAACGGGAACCUGACAGCCAUCCCCAGCACCAUCCCACAGCUCACCAAAAAACUGGACCUUCGGGGCAACAGCUUCACGGUCAUCCCAGUGGGAGCCUUCCUUGCCACCCCAUAUCUGACACACUUGGACCUGCAGCGCUGCAAGGUGGAGAGGCUAGAGGAAGGGGCUUUCCGGGGGCUGGGGAGGCUGGUCUACCUCAACUUGGCCUGCAACAGCAUAGCCCUCCUCUACCAGGAGUCCCUGGAUGGACUGUCCUCCCUCGAGCAGCUCAUCCUGAAGGGGAACCGCAUCGAGGAGAUCCAGUUGGGUGCUUUUGGCCAUCUGGGGUCCCUCACUGUCCUUGACCUGAGGGCAAACGCCUUGGUCUACCUCCCAGACAUGGUGUUCCAGGGUCUUCAGGUCCUCAGGUGGCUCCGGCUGUCCCACAACGCCCUCCAUGUCCUGGACAGCGAGGCCUUUGCCGCCCUGCCCACCCUGCGCAGGCUGAGCCUGGACCACAAUGAGCUGCAGGCACUGCCUGGUGAGGCUCUGGCCAGGCUGGAUGGGGUUUCCCGGCUGGACCUGGGCCACAACCCCAUCACCUACGUGGCUGAGGAGGCCCUGGCCAUGGCCUCCCUAAAGCACCUCUUCCUGGACCACGCUGCCGUCCAGGAUGUGGCGCCUGAUGCCUUCGCCCACAGCCCCCAGCUGCACACACUGGACCUCCGUGAAAACCAGCUGCAGGGGCUGCCGCCCCUGGCCGGGGCUGGGGGGCUGGCGAGGGUCAGCCUGGCCGGGAACCCCCUGCUCUGCUCCUGCCUCCUGCGCCCCUUCCACAACUGGCUGGCAAGGGCACGGGUGCAGGUGGAGGGGGCCUGCGCCGCACCCCCAGCCCUCCGUGGCCGGCCCCUUGACUCCCUGAGGCCUCCCGAGUUGAGAUGUGGCCGCGCCCAGCUGCUCCCCAGCCCCUCCGUGCCCUCAGAGCAGCCAAAGACGGCCAGCAGCGGGCAGUGCCCCCAGAGGUGUGCCUGCUCCCCUGAUUUCCGGCAUGGAUCCUGCAAGAACAGGGACCUGCGUGAAAUCCCCCGGGGCUUCCCCAAGGACACCCACCUCCUCGACCUGCGCCAAAACACCUUCGGGAUGGUGCCACCAGGUGCCUUCCCCAACCUGAAGGAGCUGGUGUCCCUUCACCUGCAGAGCUGCAGCAUUGGGGCGCUGCACCCUGGGGCGCUGCGGGGGCUGGACAGCCUGGUCUACCUCUACCUCACUGACAACCACCUCUCCACCUUGGCAGCCACCGCCUUUGAGGGGGCCCCACGGCUGGCCUACCUCGACCUGGACCACAAUGCCUUCACCCGCCUGCCUGUGGGUGCCUUCCAGCUCCUGCCCAACCUCAUCUCCCUCCACCUGCAGCACAAUGCCAUCAGGGAGCUGGCGGAGGGUGACCUGGCUGGGAUGGGGGGGCUGCGCUGGCUCUACCUCGCUGGGAACGCCAUUGGGCAUAUUGCCUCCGCCGCCCUGGCUCCCGCCAAGAUGCUGGAGAAGCUGCAUCUGGAGGGAAACCGCCUGGCAGAGGUGCCCACAGCAGCCCUGCGGGGCCUGCCCGCCCUGAGUGAGCUGAAGCUGUCCCGAAACCCCAUCAAGCACGUGGGGGACAGUGCCUUCCUGCCGGUGGCCUCCAGCCUGCAGCACCUCUACCUGGACAACAUGCGCCUGGAGCAGAUUUCUCCCGGUGCCUUCGCUGGCCUCGGUCCCAAGAUCAGAAGCCUCUACCUGGAGAGCAACAAAAUGAGCAACAUCCCCGACAUGAGCAACUUCACAGGGCUGGAGAUCCUCAACGUGAGGGAUGUGCCUUUCCACUGCGACUGCCAGCUCCUUCCCCUGCGCAGGUGGAUCGACAAACUCAACCUCCGCGUAGGAGCCACCUGUGGGUCCCCUGCAGAGGCCCGGGGGGUGAAGGUGAAGCUUUCCACUGCUUUCCAAACCUGCUCUGGCUGGGGCCGAGGCGAGGCUGGGGGAGCCAGUCCUGACAAGGCCACGGCUGCAAGCAAGCCCCGCAAGAAAAAGAGAUCAGGAAAAUCACCACACAGAGGCCUCAAGAAGAGCAGAGCUUAGGAACGGUGUGCAGGACACAACAGGGCCAUACCUACAGUCUGGUGAGAGCAGUUUUUCUAGGCUUGUCCCCACUGCAGUGACAUGGAUAUUGCACAAGGUGCAAAGGCGAGAGCCUGGUGCCACCAGAGUGAUGCAGCUUUGCCAAAGGUGCAGGGUUUGGUUUUGCAGGACACAGCAGCACAUUACCCUGGAAAGAACUGGUGCAAAAAGCUUCUGUAGUGUUUGCAACAUGCUUUGAUGACUCGAACAAAGCCAAAUACUCACUUUUUCUUCCCAAGGCUCCUUCCAGCUGUGCGGAAAAGCUGGAAUCCACAAGUUUCUUUUUGUUUUUAAGAGUACUGUGCUUUCACAGCUUCAGAAAGAAGCCCUGAGUGGGACUGCAAACAGCACCAAUGCAAGACCCUGCACUGGCUCAAGCAGAAUUAUCAUUGGUGAAAACAGCGCCUGAAUUCCCAGCAGCUCUUCAGAAUUAAAACAUAAGCAGAUGAAAACGUUUUUAUUUCCUGUAAAAUCUGAUCAGUAGUUCAAUUGGUGGACUGGGAUCACUGA